AUGAAGUUGAUGAUAAAGAAGAAAGAAAACUAAGAUGAAGCUGAAGCUGAAGAUGAAGAUAUACUAGAAUUUGAUGAUGAUUUAGAAUAAAACAAAUUGAAAAAAAUAAAUAUAUAAGAUGAAAAUUAGGAUGAUGGUGAAAAAAAAAAAAAUAUAAAAAAACAAAAACAAGAAAAAAAAGAUUAAGAUGAAGUUGAUGAUGAUGAUGAUGAUGAUGAUGAUGAUGAUGAUGAUGAUGAUGAUGAUGAUGAUGAUGAUGAUGAUGAUGAUGAUGAUGAUAAUGAUAAUUCAGAUUAAUAUUAAGAUGAAGAUGAAGAUUAAUAUGAAAAUGAAAAUGAAAAUGAAAAUGAAAACGAAGAUGAAAAUGAAGAUUAUGAUGAAGAUUAAAAUGAUGAUGAAGAUAAAGAUGAUGAUAAUAUAGAAUAAAAAAAAUAGAAAAAAAAUAAAAAAUAAUAAAAAGAAGAAAAUUAUUUUGAAAAUAAGGAUGAAGAUGAUGUCAAAUAAAAAAAAUAGAAAAAAAUAAAUACUUAAGAUGAAAAUUAAGAAAACGGAAAAUAAAAAAACAAUAAAAAAUAAUAAAAAGAAGAAAAUUAUUUUGAAAAUAAGGAUGAAGAUGAUGUCAAAUAAAAAAAAUAGAAAAGAAUAAAUAUUUAAGAUGAAAAUUAAGAGGAUAGAAAUCAAGAAAACAAUAAAAAAUAAUAAAAUUAAGAAAAUUAAGAUGAAGAUAAAGAUAAAGACAAAGAUGAUAUCAAAUAAAAAAAAUAGAAAAGAAUAAAUAUUUAGGAUGAAAACUAAGAGAAUAGAAAUCAAGAAAACAAUAAAAAACAAUAAAAUUAAGAAAAUUAAGAUGAAGAUAAAUACGAAGAUGAUGUCAAAUAAAAAAAAUACAAAAAAAUAAAUACUUAAAAUGAAAAUUAAGAAAAUGCAAAAUAAAAAAAUAAUAAAAAAUAAUAUAAAGAUUAUGAUUAGGAUUAGGAUUAGGAUUAGGAUUAGGAUUAGGAUUAGGAUUAGGAUUAGAAUUAGGAUUAGGAUUAAGAUUAGGAUUAUGAUUAAAACUAGGAUUAAGAUUAGGAUUAUGAUUAAUAUUAUGAUUAUGAUUAAGAUUAAGAUUAAGAUUAGGUUUAAGAUUAAGAUUAUGAUUAAGAUUAAGAUUAGGUUUAAGAUUAAGUUUAGGAUUAAGGUUAAUAUUAAGAUUAAGAUUUAUUUUAAGAUUAGGAUUAGGAUUAGGAUUAGGAUUAGGAUUAAGAUUAAGAAAAAUAAAAUAAAAAAAACAAAAAAUAAUAUAAAGAAGAAAAUGAGGGUGGAAAAUAAAAUAAAAAAAUAGUCAAAUCUGAUAAAGAAUAAAAAAAUAAAAAGUAAGAAGAUGAUGAUGAUGAUAUUGAAGAACAAAAUAACAAUAAAAAAAAAAAUUAAGAAUAAAAUAAAGAUGACAAAGAACAAAAAACUAAUAAAGAUAAAAAAAAAUAAGACAAUGAAGAUAAUUAAGAUGAUGAAGAACAAAACAACAAUAAUAAUAUUAAAUAAAAUAAAAACUAAUAAAAAAAUGAAGAUUAUAAAUAGAAAAAUAAGAAAAAAAAUCUUGAUUAACCAGAUGAAAAUAAUUAACAAACUGAAAAUAAUUAAAAUUAAGAAAAAAAUAAUAAAAUAAUAAAUAACUAAAAAAAUGAUUAAAAUGAAUUCGAAGGAAAUGAAAGAAAUGUAAGAAAUGAAGAAAAUGAAGGAAAUUAAGGAAAUGAAGAAAAUGAAGGAAAUUAAGGAAAUGAAGAAAAUGAAGAAAACGAAGAAAAUGAAGAAAAUAAAGAAAAUGAAGACAAUAAAGGCAAUAAAGGCAAUAAAGACAAUGAAGACAAUGAAGACAAUGAAGACAAUGAAGACAAUGAAGGCAAUGAAGAUAAUGAAGAAAAUGAAGAAAAUGAAGAAAAUCAUAAAGAUUAAGAUAAUGAUUAUAAAAUAAAAUAGAAAUAAAAUAAAAAAGAUUAGGAUUAGAUAUAAGAUAAAGAAAAAAAAGAAAGUAAUAAAAACCUUAGAAAAUAAAAUAAAAAAUAUAAUUAAUAAAAUGAAAAUAAAAAAGAUAAUAUAGAUUAAAAAGAUAAAGAAAGAUAAAGUAUUGAUUACAAAUAAUAAUAAAAAAUAAAAUAAAAAGGAAAUAAAAAAGAAAUUAAGAAUGAAGAAGAUAAUGAAGAUGAUCAAGAUAUUUAUUAAAACAAAAUAAUUAAAAAAAUAAAAAAAGAUGAAGAUGAUGAUACCUAAAAUAAGAAAAAAGAUAUAGAAGAAAAAAAUAAAUAAAAUCAAAAGAAAAAAGGAGAAGAAGAAAAUAAUAGUUUAUAAACAGAUGCUGAUUUAUUUAAUGAUUUAGCUUGA